AUGGCGUACGUAUAUACGUCCCAUUAUAUAACCCGCCACCUCAUUCCCCGGCAAAACAAACAACCAAUCCCAACUUCAAUGGCGUCCUCCUUUCUCGAACCUUACGGCAAGAUCGACGACGCCGACCAGGCCCGCCUCGACGCCCGACGCAAAACCCGCAAGCGCGUCCUCAUCAUCGCCCUCUCCUCCCUCCUCUUCCUCACCAUCAUCCUCGCCUCCGUCCUCGGCACCCGCUCCGCCAACUCCAACCACCAUGACACCCAAAACGACGCCGCCGCCAUGAAGUCGGUGGCCGCCGUCUGCGGCGUCACCCUCUACAAGGACUCCUGCUACCAAACCCUCUCCUCCGCCGCCAAGUCCGGCCACCUCCACCCUGAAGACCUCUUCAAGCUCUCCGUCCAGGUCGCCGUCUCCGCCGUUGAGAAAGCCUCCGACUACUUCUCCAAAACGUCGAAGAACUACGACAACACCACCGCCGCCGCGGUGGCCGACUGCGUCGAGCUUCUCGACCUCGCGGCCGACCAUCUCAACGACACGUACUCCUCCUCCUCGGGACCCACCAACGUGGCCGACGUGGUGGAUGACGUCAGGACGUGGCUCAGCUCGGCUGCCACGUACCAGGACACGUGUCUCGAUGGGUUACGAGAGGCCGGGGUGCUGGACGUGGACGGUGACGUGGCGGGGAUGAGGAACGCGACGGAGCUGACGAGCAACAGCCUGGCGAUCGUGACGUGGAUGGGGAAGGUGGCGGGGUCGUUUAGGGGAGUGGGCCGGAGGAGGAGGCUGUUGGGCAAGGGGCCCGAGUGGUUGUUGGGCCGGGCUGGAUACAGGGAGCUGUUGGCGGAGAAGGGGGAGGAUUUGAAGAAGAAGGCGGAUGCGGUGGUGGGGGCUGGCGGGAAGUACAAGACGAUAGAGAAGGCGCUGAAGGCGGUGCCGAAGAAGAGCAAGGAGAGGUUUGUUAUCUACGUGAAGAAGGGGGUUUAUAAGGAGAAUGUGAAGGUGGAGAAGACGAUGUGGAACGUCAUCAUGGUCGGCGACGGGAUGGACGCCACCGUCGUCACCGGCGGCCUCAAUGUGGUCGACGGCACUCCGACCUUCCGUACCGCCACUUUCGCUGUUUUCGGGAAGGGCUUCAUGGCUCGAGACAUGGGCUUCAAGAACACGGCCGGCCCAUCCAAGCACCAGGCCGUGGCCCUGAUGUCCAACGCCGACCAGUCCAUAUUCUACCGCUGCAGCUUCGACGCGUACCAGGACACCCUCUACGCCCACGCCAACCGCCAGUUCUACCGCGAGUGCAACAUCACGGGAACCGUCGACUUCAUCUUCGGCAACUCCGCCGCCGUCAUCCAGAACUCCAACAUCCUCCCGCGGGUCCCCAUGUCGGGUCAGAAAAACACCAUCACCGCCCAGGGGAAAACCGACCCGAACCAGAACACGGGGAUCGCCAUCCAGAACUGCAAAAUCCUCCCCUACAAGGGAAACACCAAUGGGCUUUCAGCGGUGAAGAAUUACUUGGGCCGGCCCUGGAAGGCUUAUUCGACGACCGCGUUUGUUGGGUCGGAGAUUGGUGGGCUUAUUGAUCCGCAAGGGUGGCUGGCGUGGACGGGGACAACGGCGCCGCCGACAAUUUACUAUGCGGAGUACGGGAACUUUGGGGCCGGGGCGGAUACGAAGAAGAGGGUGAAGUGGAAGGGAGUGAAGUUUAUGAACAAGAAGGAAGCGGAGAAGUUUUCGGUGAAGGCGUUUAUCCAGGGAGAUAAAUGGAUUCCAGCUUCUGGGGCUACUUAUAACUAA